AUGUUCACCAAAGCCCUCUUCCUCCUCGCGCUCGGCGCAACGAGCUUUGCCCAGACGAUUCCCGCCGGCUAUAGCAAAGUCUACAUCACGUCUGCCGUCGACGCCAAGUUCGUCAUCGUACCAAAAUCCGCCGCCAAUGGAAGUACCGUCGUCGUUCAGACCUUGACCAACAAGCCGGAACAGCAGUGGUACAUUCAGAAGGGCAACACCAGCAUCCAGUUGGCUGAUACCGCACUAUGUCUUGAUGCUGGAACCAAGAGCAAUUGGAAGGACAUGGCCAACAUCUACCUCCAGCCGUGUUCCAACACUGAGGCCGGACAGCAGUGGGUUGCCAUGACCGAUGGCCGGAUCGCGCUCGCGGCCUCUAGUCCACAGGAAUGUGUUGAUCUUCAGUACAUGCGAGCUACGGCCAAUAAUCCUGUUGGUCUCUAUAGUUGCGCCGGACUUGGUAACACAGGAGCAGCAGACAAAGGAAUUAAUUGGCCAUUGGUUAAUGUCACUGCUUGA